GUCUAAGUCAUCGUCCUUGGACAGGAGCAGUGGGGAUCAAGUGAGCGAGUCUCGCUCUGGACGGUUCCUUGAUCUGCCAUUAGUUUAUUAAGAACCUCGACUGGAAAAGUCCAUUCGCCAAUGUGCCUACAUCGGGCUGGCUUGGUGUUAUCUGCUAAAGGAUGAUUCUUAAGUGCAGCUCGGCGGUCUUCCUGAAAUUAGAAGACGGUCCACGUCUCUUCCUCCCCGACCUAAGGUCCCCCCAGGCUUGGCACUCUCUACUCUACGGUCCCCAGCUUCCACACAUUCGACCCUCCGUGACAUCACGAAGUCUUCAUUACGCCGCUUAAGAAUACAACAUGGAGCCUUUGGAUAUGCGUACCCUCGGCGAACGAGGGUCAGCUCCACACACUCCGUUACCUCGCCAAGUCAUCGACCACUUCCCGCCGCGCGAGAGCGAGUUGGAGAGGAGACUUAAGGAAGUCCUGGUGAAUGAACUGGACGCUACUUUGGGUGAUGAUCAUGCUCAAGAUGAAGGCGUCAAGCGCUUUAAAGAAUUCCGAAGGAGGGUGAGAGCUCUGGAUAGGGAACUCCACCGCUUCCGGAACACCAUCUCCCAACUUAGCUCAUCUGUUGGCCUUCUUUCCUCCACUGAAGAUCUCCGUAAAAGACUCCAACAGCUCCUGAACUUGUUCCGCGAGAAUGCAGCGGAUAUAUUUCGCGAUGUUCGUAGAGAGUUUGGAGAUUUCUCUAUAAGAAAGCCCCAAGCAAACACCUGUGGCGUUCCAACCCGCCCUUCCCGAAAGUUUCAUUCGGAAGGAGUGAUGACUGGCGACCUUGAACAGAUACCAAGCCAGCUUCACUUGUUAGCGCAGGAUUGGCGCACUUUCCUAGAAGCUCUGAACAGAAUCCCGGAGUUUCGUGACGAGGUUGUCAGUCCUUCCAUCCGGAGUUUCUAUCAUGAUUUAGAAUAUUGGUCUUUCAGCCUGAGGGAUUUUAAGGAUCAAUUUAAAUGGCCUUCUGUCCAACGUCAUAUUCACUUCUUGACUGGGGAGAUGGCAGAACAUCUGAACGAUGUCACGGAAGCGUUGAAGAUAUUUACUGAUGUCGCGGUGCCAAAGAUUCGCUUUUCCCAGCGCCAAGAGGCCAAUCCCCUUCGGGAUCUGUCAACAGUGGCCACAUUGUUCUCUGCAGUUACAGCGACAACAAUCCAGUUCAGCUACCUGUCUUUUACUACAAAACUAGAAAAAGCGGUGAAUCUCUUAUGGGUAACUUCCCUCGUUUUCUCGUUAGCGAGUGCCAUCAAUAGUCAAAUGGCGUAUCACUGGCGAUCUGCUAUGUAUCGUUCACCAGAUGCUUUUGUCCCUUGGUGGGUCUCCGUCUGGAUCGUUCAAACGCCACUACUCUUUCUUGUCAUUUCUAUGAUUGCAUUCUCCACUGGUUUGGUAUGCUUCACCUUUGCCAACUUCAGCUCUACCCCUUUCAUCCCUAUUGCGAUCGCAGUGUGUACAUCAAUCUCGUCUGUUGCUCUUCUCGCUGUGGGCCUUUGGUUUGCAGGAGAACGUCAUGCUUUCGGCGUAUCAAAAGGCAAGAAGUGGCUUAGCGAAAUGUUAAAAGAGGCGCGGGUUUAUCAUUAUAUCGCCAUACCCUGCAGAUGGAUCAAGCAUGCGCUGCUAAGCGUCAUUGCUCUCUUACGACGGCUACGAAGGCGGGGCACAGAUUCACUGUCGGUUGAUUCGGAUUCGGUCGUGCAGGAAAUUGGUAGCGAUAUUGAGUCGGGCACCUCUAUGACCCCGUACACUGGGACGUCAGCACAAGGCUCUAUUGGAUCUCGCCUUUCUGUUGUCCCAUUGUCGCACACACCAUCACUCGUUAAGAAAGUAACGCACCUUGAUUCUGACGUUCAAGCACAGUCCCAAAAUCUAGCCCCUGGAGUCUCAAACGGGUCUUUGCAAUCAGUGAUUGACCCUACAUUUCCAGAAGAGUCACUUCAGCCCAAGGCGAAAAAGGAGUCAACAAAUAUGUUCUCAUCGGCUCUACAAGUCAGGACCCCGAUGCCACCCGCCCGCAAAGGAAAACUUAAGGAGGUGGCCAGUAAGGUUUUGAAAAUUAAACGUGUCCUUUCUAUCCUCCGUCCCAGUUUUGCUCCAUUACCGAGUCCUACCUCAAAUGACCUGGAAGCUGGGCUGCUCAAUUCGGAUAUCCCGCGCAAUCCUGUUGUACGGCCUUCACAAAUGAAGAAAUCGAGGCGGCUGACUGCCAUACUUUCCGUGAUCACCUCUCUCAAGCCCAUCCAUGAGCUGCCUUUGCAACCCGCAACCAUCAAGCACUUGAAAUUCAGUCCCGAUGGGGAAUAUCUCGCCACGUCUUCUGGUGCACAAACCGUGGUCAUCUGGAAGCUGGAAGAUGAGAUCUCAAUCCACCAUAAACUCAUUCACCAGGAAAAUCGGGUUGCUCAUGUGGCAUGGUCACCCGAUGGGGAAUAUAUGCUCACAAGGUUGACACGCUGUGUAUAUGUAUGGUUACCGAAGGAUGGGUUAGUCUUUAAGACAAUAGACCGAGGUCAAACUAUUCAGUGGGUGGCAUGGAUGCCUAACAGUGUUGAAUUCGUCACAGUGGAGGGGAAGCUUAUACGAAGGCUUUCCAUCAACGGAAACGUCUUAGGGAAAUUUGAGCCAAGCUCACUUUUACCUCAACAAGUUGUCGUUGUUCCGGAUGAAGAAAGGCUUCUUGUUGUAACGACUCUGGAAGUCACUCACGAAGGACGGAAACCAUCGAAAUCUCGCGUUCAAAAAAGGAUUCUUCUAUACAAUAUGCGGACCGGAGAAAUUGAGCACAAAGUCCCCAUUCUCAAUGAUGUUCGCCACCUAGUGAUUUCUCGUUCCGGUUCCCUUGUCCUGGUUAGCUAUCAUCGUAAGGCCGACCCUCAACUUUUCAGACUUAACGUCUUCCGUGAUGAUCGCGCACAUCUUUCCCUCGUUCAUACUUACCACACUCAUGACGAGAUGGAUGCUGGUGGUUCAUGCCAGCUCGGCCGCGUACGUACGGAAGACGAAGGUUCAGACUGGCAUGUGGUUGUAUGUGCCAGGAAAGGUGGGGAUAUCCUCUUCUGGGAUCGUGAAACAUCGAAACUUCUACAUUCGAUUCCGGCUAAAAACCCAGCACCAGAAUUCAAUACAAUCGCAUGGAAUUGUGGGAGUAGCAACCGACCAAUGUUCGCAACCGCCUCCCGAGAUCGUGCCGUCCAUAUUUGGGCCGUACCCAAAAAUGCGGGGCAAGGACUGGAGCUUAACCUUUUUCCUUUAUCAUCUCCACCCAACCAACAGACCUCCCCUUUGAUUUCAACCUCGAUACCAGACAAUGGUCCUCCGGCAUCGACGGCGGAGCCUGGUCCUGUGAGUUAUGACCCGGGACUUGGGGCCGGGAGCUCAAAAGUACACUUUGACGCAAGGACCUCACCUCGUUCUGAUGAUAAAAUUCUCGAUAUCUUCUAGCCUAAGCAAUGAAUGAAACCCUUCUAUCAGAUGUGCAGAAACAUGCUGGUUUGAUACUAUGUAAACGACUUCGGUUUCGGUGUUCUCGUGUAACCACUGUCAGUGGGCCUUCUCUCCAAGUUGUUUGCGGGACUGUGGAGUGACAAUUAAGUUCUAUGAACUCGCCAAAUCCUUCCAUCCCUGACACUUCUUUGUGCCUCUUUGGUUGAUGUUUGUUCUUAUAUUAUCCCGAACUAGCAGAAUUGCAUCUUGAAUGAAUCUUCCAGCGCUCCACCAGUGUCACCUCUGCACCAUAUAUUCAUGUCACUUGGUG